CCUAGGCUUAUAACUCGGCUGUUCGGAAGUAUAAUCUCUAAACAGAGAUUAAUUUACCCUUCAAGAUGAACCAGGUUUGGUUUUUCUUCAAGCUGAUCGAGGUGGCAAUGGGCAGCAUGUGCAUGUUCUACCACAUAAGGGGAUCGCUUUAUCUGGUGGAGCCACUUCCUCACGUCCUCAUUUACUGCGCCACAUUCACGUCUUACGUUAUGAUUGCCGCUUUAGGAGCAUUUCGGUUGCUUCUUUCUCCGGCUACCGUGCUCUCCAGUCAACUGCUGCUAACGGCCAGUGCCGUGAUCUUCCAUUACUUUUGCGCCCUUCUGAUAAUGCGGACCGCCAUGGAGGAUCCACAUUUGGCCCGCAUCAAAGAUAUCCUUGAGUACAUGUCGCAUCCACACUUUGCGCACUGCAAGGAACAGAGCAUAGCAUCGCUGCUCACUGGCACCAUGUAUCUGAUGCAUAUGUUCCACGUCAUUGACAUUCUGGUGCGCCUGGAGCCGGGAGAAUGGCGGCUUCAGGCCUUGGGACGUGAAAACGCCAAAGAGCUUAUUGGGACGGGAACUCGUGCCGGACUCUAUGUACUCUCCAGGCCAGUCGACAACUUCCUGUGUCGCCACAGCCUCUUUUACUUCAAUCUGGCCCACUCUCAGCCCUUGCGUUUGCAGAUCCCAGACAUGGAGGAUCCGGGUGGUUUGCAACGCCUGUUAAUAAUUUUGGGAAAUGUUCGUAGGAAGAUAUGCACGGUGACUGCCAUCGAGAGCGAUGAGAGUUUCAUGUCCACGCCGUCAAUAACCACCAGUGACUCUAGUGAAUCCGAGGAAUUGACAGUCGACGCAGAAGAGGGUCGUGCCAAGAGACGCAAAGAUCCCUCCGAUUGGCGUGGUCCCAGCGACUCGUCCAGCUUGUGGGCCCAGAUCGAGGAUCGCAGUACUCAGAACAGCAGCGAUGCCAUUGACAGACCUCCAGUGAUGGAUCACAAAGGAAGACGCAGUACGUCCGUCUGGGAUGAUCCCGAAAACAGGGAAAAGUCGGAGAUUUUGUUGGUAGAACAGAGUUCGCGCAUUCUGAGCAAGAAUUUGGAGGAAGAUGAUGAUGAGGCACCCAAGGAAGAUCGAAAGUCAUACCGUGACUCAAGUGUACGCUUUCGUGAUUCUAAUAAUGAAGAAGAAAAGGAAGGAGAAGCCCAGUCUUCGCCAAGGACUAGCCCUGCCAAGCUUAAAUCGAAAUCUUUCAAAAGGAAAACUAAAGUGUUGGGCAACGUCAUCGGAAGGGAUCAGCUGCUUGGAGGUGGAAGCAUUAAUGGCGACAUCGAUAUAUUGAGACUAUCGAUGUUCUUGCAACUUUAAUGGGAAGGGUAAGCACACCUGGCAGCU